ACAAAUAUAUUAUAUAUUCCAACAAGGAGCUUGUCUCAAAUUACUCUCAGCUAGUUUUGUUUUUGAAAAGUAUCAAAAAUUCAGCAAGAAUGUUUUCGGCGACGACGCCCUCCAAGCCGCAGGCGCCGAAGUGCGAGUGCCACAAGCCGGGGCAGCCGGACUGCAUGGAGAUGAACGAGAAGAUGCAAGCCGAGUACCGUCAGAUGGACAUCGAGGAUGUCACGGACAGCGUCAUGAAGGUGAUGCGCAUCUGCGGCCUCAAGCCCUUGGAGGUCAAGCUUGCCGCCGGCGUCAUUAGGAGGUCCUUCAUGUACUUUGAGGAAAUUGUGGAAAGGAUUGACCGUGUGCCCCGCAAACGCUUCGGCAAAGAGAGCUUCCUCCACGGACUGGCCCACGUGGCGCAGAUGUCGCGCAUGGAUGCCCAAAUGGCCUACGCGAUCGUGAAGCGGGCCUUCAAGGCCUUCUAUUACGGCACGGGCGUGGAGGGGCGGCGCUUCGCCUGCCUGCAGUCGAAACUGCAUCAUGGAGAGGAGUGCAUGUGGCGUCACGCUGCCCGUCGUACGGCUGAGAUUCACGCUGUGCUGAUCGGACUGAUGGACUCCGAGAAGCGGCUGUUCGAGGAGCGGAUUGAGUGCGUCUACAAAACUCUCGUCGAUGUCUUGAGGACGCGCAUCUUCUGGGAGAACGACUUGGUCUGCAGCUGCGGCCAUCCGUCGGCGACACCUUCACGGGCCGUGUUGGGGAAGGCCACCUCGCAGGCCGACUCCUUCUACAGCGCCGAGGUGGAGAUACUCUACCACAAGGAGAACAGGAUCGUGAGCAGCGCUCCCUCGGGGACCUCCGUACGGAUAGCUCCUCCGACAGCUAACCAAUCAGCGGUGAGCUCCGUUUCCUCGCGGCACAAUCAUGGCCUGAAAAAGGGCAACCAAACGCUGUCCAACAAGCAGACUCCAGUGGUGACGAGUCCCCUCAGCUUUUUCGACGCGCCGCGGUGCAACUGCCCCAAGCUCCGCUGCUGGCAGGAGAACGGCGAGUCACGGGAGUCCCCGGAGAUCACGGCAGAGUGCAGCCAGGGCCCGUUCAUCUGCCGCUGGCUGGCCUGCGAAGGUGAGGAGGAACAGUUCCACGAGCACUGCGUUCCUUAUCCGCCCAUGGAGGACUUGUGUCCACCGUGUCCCACGGAUGAUCUGCCCUGCGAUUCUGAGUGCACCUGCACCUGCGAGGUGUGCACAUGUCGCCCGGUCUUCGACGACGCCUUCGAGGAGGAGCACCUGGGCGAGAAGCUGUCGAAGAGCGGACUCGAGGACCACGACACGGACUUCUGCUGGGUGGGACCCUUCCGGGGCAGCAGUCGCGAAAGGAUAGCUCGGCAGCGGGCCAGGGAUGAGCUGCUCAGGGCGUUGGAUGAGGUUGAGGAGGAGGAGGAAGAAGAGUGCCGCUGCACGUGUGAAAUAAAACAGCGGGCAUACCCCCAUCUCUUCACCUACCUGAUGGACUUCAAGGACAAGCAGCUGGUCCAGGAGGAGCCCCAGCCGGAGCCGGAGCCAAAGGUGGAAGAGUCGGAGAGCGAGGACCUGCUCUCCAAGCCGCCGCCCUACGGCAUCUCUCAGGCCACCUACCGCUGCUGGGUAAAACCUAAAUCCUCGGAAAGCGAGUCACGAGAGUCAGAUGAGGCAAAAAAGCCUCCUCUAGUGUGGGUGCUGGCAGGCAAACCCAAGGCCAAGCCCGAGGUCCAGAUCACCAUUAAGACAAAGCAUGCAGAAAAUACCGGGGCUGCCCCGGUAGCUGCGCCUCUUCCCAAGGCUCCUGUUCUGCCCAGCAAGCCCACUCCCACACCGGCGCCCGCCAAGCCACCUCUGGCCCCCCAAAAGCCGGAGGAAAAAGAUGAUAAGCUGACCAAGGAGGACAUCCUCGAAAUCAUUGGCAUGAGGUUUAAGCAGAAGAAGUAACUAAAUUGCAAGUACUUUCCAGAGAGCUGAGAAUGUUUAAGUAGAAAUUGGAUAUAUUGUUGUAUUUUAUGUGAUUAAAUAAACUUGAAAAUGGCCUAA